AUGUCCGACUCUGAAGAGAAAAUUUCCAUCACUACCCCUCAAGAACAGAAUCUUGAGGCGGUCACAUCGAAACCUUUGACCUUGCAUGACCUAACUUCAAAUCCUCUAGAAGCUAGUGUCCCAUUUUCUAUCGAUAAUCCACACCAUCCUUACCAUUGGUCCUUGUGGAAAAAAUACGCAAUUACUGUUGCAUACUGUUCAUUACAAGUUUUCAUCACUUUAACUUCCACAUCUUAUGUUGCAGCCGAAUAUGAGGUGCAAGAAAAAUACAAUGUUAAUGCCCAAGUGGCAACUUUAGGACAAUCGUUAUUCAUUAUCGGUACUGCCGUUGGUCCUGCAUUCAUGGGUCCGUUAUCCGAUCUUAUUGGUAGAAAAUGGAUCUAUGUGUUUUCCACAUUUUUAUAUGUAAUUUUCAAUUUUGGUUGUGCUUGGCCAACAGGUAUGGCCAUGAUUGCCAUUUUUAUGUUUUUGAUUGGUGUCUGUGGUUCAACUGCAUUGUCCAACGUUGCAGGUUCAAUUGGUGAUAUGUUUGGUGGAUCCGAUGGAGCAUCUCAGCCAAUGUCCUUGUUUGUCUUUUCUGCUAAUGCCGGCCCUUCCAUUGGUGGUAUAGUUGGUGAAGCUAUUAUGGAAAGAUCAACCCUUGGUUACAAAUGGAUCUUUAUUAUUAAUAUCAUUAUUGGUGCAGCUUUUACUGUUUUCCUUUGCCUUGUUCCUGAAACUUUACCAAGAAUCGUCAUUGAGGAACAAACCGCUUUAGAAGGUAGAGAUUCUCCAAACGUCAUUCUUAGAGAAUUUGGUUACAUGAAGGACCGUUUGUUUGGUAGAACUCCAUCUUACCAAAUCCUAUAUGAAGAAAAAUUAGCUCAAGAAGGUGGCGAAGCCAUUGUUGUUGAAAAAGUCUCAACUUUGAAUGAAAUCAAAUUUAUCACCUUGCAAGCAUUGAAGAUGAUGGUCACCGAACCAAUCAUUAUUUGUAUGGGAUUGUUUAAUGGUUUUGCUUAUGGUAUUUUGUUCCUUUACAUGGAUGGUAUCUUUGAUGUUUUCGUUUACAACAAUGGCUUGUCUGCAAUCGCUGCAGAAUGUACCUAUUUGAACUUUGUUGUUGGUGUCUCCAUUGUCGUUGCCGUUCAACCCAUACAAACUUGGUUAUUCAAGAGAGAUAGAAGAAACAAUGGUGGCGUUGCUAGACCAGAAGCUAGAUUUUUACUUUCCUUGGUUACUGUCUGGGGAUUCCCAUUGGGUCUUUUCUGGUUUGGUUUCACCUCUAAUGGUAAGACUAACUACUGGUCUCCAAUCAUUGCCGGUUUAGUUCUUGCAGUUGCUGAUCCAUUAUUGUGGUUAGCAAUGUUGUCUUAUAUCAUUGAUUCCUAUUCCGCUGCAGGUUUAUCAAAUUCUGCCAUUGCUGCAUUUACAAUUCCUUCAUUUACAAUUGCCGCAGCUCUUGCGCAUGCCGGUGUUGCUAUGUUCGAAAACAUGUCCACCACAUGGGCUAUGGCUACCCUUGGUUUCAUCUCUUUAGGUAUUGUUGCAUUGGUCUACAUUCUUUACUUCUUUGGUCGUAAGGUUAGAGCUGCUUCUUCAUUGGCUAAAUUCUCAGUCUGA